UGUGGCAAACCAAUGGACAGAGGUCGAUGUGGACCAUUUGGUAUCAGAAGGUAUUACUUUGACCUAGAAAGACAAGCCUGUAGACGAUUCAGAUACAGUGGAUGUGGUGGCAAUGCCAAUCGUUUCAUGACUAAGAAGGCAUGUGAAGAGAUAUGU